UCUCUCUCUCUCUCUCUCUCUUUAUCUCUCUCUCUCUCUCUCUCUCUCUCUUCGAGCUCUGAGAUGGUGAAAGAAAUGAGGGUUCAAUCGAACCCAAUAUUGUCAUUCCACAAAAACAGCCAUGUAUUUGUGAAGUUUGCAGUCUGCUUUGUCUUAGUUGGUCUCGCUUUUCGACUCUUGUUUUCCGAUUCUGCACUUUCUAUCGGAUUAAAUUUACCAGUAGAGCCACCUUCUCUUGCAGCUGCAGACCAACAAGAAACAGAAUCUUCCUCCUCUUCUGCUUCUGAUUCUUCUUUAUUUCCUGUCCAAACUCAAAACUCUACAAUUGUUGAUUUUCCUGGAAAUAACUCUCAAACAUAUGGCAAUGUUGCAGUAAAGUGCGACCUUUUUACUGGAGAUUGGGUACCAGACCCAUCAGGUCCAAGAUACACUAACGAAAGCUGCCAUGUGAUGGAAUCUCAUCAGAAUUGUAUGAAGAACGGUCGCCCCGAUUCCGAGUACUUUUACUGGAGGUGGAGUCCAAGAGACUGUGAGCUACCCAAGUUCAAUCCGCAGAGUUUUCUUGGUACGAUGAGGAACAAAUCAUGGGCCUUCAUUGGCGAUUCGAUUUCGCGGAACCAUGUCCAGUCAUUGCUUUGCAUUCUCUCUCAAGUGGAGCAAGCUGUUGAGGUAUACCAUGACAAAGAAUACAGGUCCAAAAGAUGGUUUUUCCCCUCUUACAACUUCACCCUUUCGGUAAUUUGGACUCCGUUUCUCGUCAAAGCGGGUAUUUUCGAAGACAUGAAUGGAGUUUCUACUUCCGAAAUCCAGCUUCAUCUUGACGAGCUUGACAAGACAUGGACCGAUCAGUAUAGCAGCUUGGAUUACGUGGUGAUUGCCGGAGGGAAAUGGUUUCUUAAGACUGCAAUUUACCAUGAAAGCAACACGGUCAGCGGCUGCCAUUACUGUCCCGGAAAGAACUUGACAGAGUUAGGGUUUGACUACGCAUAUCGCAGUGCCCUCCGUCUGGUUUUCAAUUUCAUCACUCGUUCGGAUCAUAAAGCGUUUGUUUUCUUGAGAACCACCACACCUGACCACUUCGAGAACGGAGAGUGGUUCAGUGGGGGGUACUGCAAUAGAUCAGUGCCAUUCAAAGAGGGUGAGGUUGACAUAAAAGAUGUCGAUGCUGCAAUGCGAAAUAUCGAGUUGGAAGAAUUUGAGAAGGCUACAGCCCAAGGAUCGGAGAAGGGAGUAAACUUUAAACUACUGGACACAACCUACCUUUCACUACUUAGACCUGAUGGGCACCCAGGUCCAUACAGGCAGUUCCAGCCAUUUGCAAAGGAUAAGAAUGCCAAAGUUCAGAAUGAUUGCCUACAUUGGUGCUUGCCUGGGCCAAUAGACUCUUGGAAUGAUUUGGUUAUGGAAUUGUUGGUCAAUGGCGGAAAAUAUCGAUGAUCGAACGCCUGGCUUAUCGAUCGAACGCCUAGCUUAUCGAUCGAAUGCCUAGCUUAUCAAGCUCUCGGACUUCUCGGCCGGAAUCAAGUAUUAGCAGUCUUGCAGCUGUGGUUUGUCCUGUGAUCAAAUCUGUGCCUAAAACAACAGGCGCGACGCUGACCCGCAAUCCAUGAAAUGUAGAAAGACUUUGCUAAGGAAACAACGUGAAGUUGCAUGUAAACAUAUUUAUUCUUUUACAAUGUCAAAUUCUUUGGCCAAGCUGCAAAAUUUCAUACCCUUUUGUAUCACCACAGAGCAUAUAUAUGAAACUACAAAUCUCACAGAAAAAUCCCAUUUCUGUAAAACUUAUGUACCUACCACUGCUGGAAAGAAGAACGCAAAACUCCACACAAGUUCAUCGUUAAGAAGCUAU